AUGGCUACGCAACAAGCUCAGAAAAGAUUGACGAAGGAAUAUAAGCUUAUGGUGGAGAAUCCUCCACCAUACAUUCUGGCACGCCCAAACGAGAAUAACAUCUUGGAAUGGCAUUACGUUAUCACCGGCCCCGCAGAUACACCUUACUUCGAAGGCCAAUACCAUGGAACUUUGACUUUUCCGUCAGAUUACCCCUACAAACCACCUGCAAUUCGUAUGGUUACGCCGAACGGCAGAUUCCGAGAGAAUACUCGACUUUGUCUGUCGAUGAGCGACUACCAUCCGAAUACGUGGAAUCCCAGUUGGUCUGUGUCGACUAUUCUGAACGGGCUGUUGAGCUUUAUGACUGGGGAGGAGGCUACGACGGGAUCGAUCACGACGACGGAUCAGCAGAAGAGGGUGUUGGCGGAAAGAUCAAUGGAGUACAAUACGUACCAGAAUCUGAGGUUUAAGAUGGUUUUCCCAGAUGUGGUGCAAGAAAAUAUCAAAGAGCUGGAGAAAAGAAGGGCCAGUGGGAGAACGAGGGAGGUUGAAGCUACGAAGGACAAAGGAGAUGCGAUAAUGCAAGCUGCUAAGGAGAAGGCUAUCGCUCUUGAGGAGAUUCUUGAUCCGGAGGAUAGGAUACGUGCUGAGCAAGCACUCAAGACGAUAGAUGGGAAACCAAGGAAGGACACCAAGGAGAGUUACAGGUCGUCGUCAAUGCUAUACAUCGGGCUGGCCUUGCUUUUGUUUUGUCUCGGGCUGUCGAUGAAAUGA